AUAACUACGUCACUAUAGAGUAAUGGUGCCGAAGACUCGGAAUCCUUCAAUCCUCCCCCAACUUUUGCUCUCCUUCCGUCAGCAUCGUUUCAAAAAGAACCGAACACAUAAAUCGACAAAACCAGGUCCUAGCAAGGUACGAAUCAACACGUUGGAAUAUACGUUUAAUUGUCUCGACCAAGCUUCGGAGUAAAUUUUGGUCUCUAGGGCGAUUGCCUUGGGCUGCUUUCUUGCUUGGCUGUUAUCCUUUUCUGCGGUCCAAGGACCGAACCUACCCCCCUUGAUACGAGAAACCCGUUCGAUUUUCAUAGAAAAUGCAGUACGUCCGGAAUAUUAGUGACUCGGUUUCCACCGCCUGGAAUUCGAUCAAUCCGGCUACCUUGAGCGGGGCUAUCGACGUGAUCGUGGUUCAACACGAAGACGGUAGCUUAUGCUGUUCCCCCUUUCAUGUCCGUUUCGGUAAAUUCUCGUUGUUGCGACCUUACGAAAAGAAGGUCGAGUUUAGGGUCAAUGGAGCUAAACAGGAUUAUGCUAUGAAGCUGGGUGAAGGGGGCGAGGCUUUUUUUGUAUUCGAGACGAACGAUACCAUUCCCCAGAGCCUCCAGACCUCACCUCUUAGCUCUCCGGCUUCGAGUCCCCCUCUAGGACCGGACAGCUCCUAUUCAUCUGGAGCUCUCCAAGAACCGGACUUCCUGCAGCUGGAUAGUGAUCCUCGACCACGAUCCAUGUCAACAUUACGACCUAAACCUGCUGUCCUUUCGUCGCAAACCUCUCGUCCAGGCAUAGUUGAACCAAUUGCGUCCUCUCCUGAACUAGGUGGUGGCCGACCAACUUCAAAAGAAUGGUCCAAUUCUCCUACUCAACAGUCUUACACCGAUGACAUACUACCAGCAGCAGCCCAGAUGUACCCCGAGCCCGAUGAUUCAAAUGGAGAUUCACCCGAGCCAGACAGUCCAAUCUCACAAAGACCGCGGAGUCCACCCCCUUUGGCCCCUCGAGAAGCUAUCCAACGUGCUAUGACUCUCUCGAAAGAGCUCUCAGCCGUCAAUAUUCCUAGCCGAGUAACCGAAACGGGCGAUCUCAUGCUAGACAUGACAGGAUAUAAAUCCAGCGAAGAAGAUGCGAUUAAAGCCGAAAUUUUGGCAAGGAAUAUACUAUCGGAAGAGCUUCAAGGCGAUUACGAUAUUGGCGCAUUAUUUGGCAUGGAUGAAGAAGGAAACUUGUGGAUAUAUAGUAGUGAGGAUGCGAAAGAGGCUGCGAUGAAAAAAACAGUAGCAUCUCUCCGACCGUCACCGACCGUUGCGAUCGAUGCCGCAUCGGAUCCGGGGUACCAAAGCGACGAUUCCACUACGUCAACACAGGCGCCCUCGCAUAGGAGAAGCGAGUCUGAUGUUGGGCAAAUUUCGAUCCAAACACCACCAACGACACCAGGAUCAUCAUCAGCUGGGAAUCCAAACCGGAAUUAUGCGAAGACUCUUCGACUGACUAGUGAUCAGCUGAAAGCGCUAAAUCUGAAGCCUGGCGAAAAUUCAAUGAGCUUUACCGUAAACCGAGCAACUUGCCAAGCUUAUAUGUAUCUCUGGCAGCAUGAUACUCCUGUUGUCAUAUCUGACAUCGAUGGCACCAUAACUAAAUCGGACGCUCUAGGCCACGUGUUGAACAUGAUUGGAAGAGACUGGACUCAUACGGGUGUUGCAAAGCUUUACAGUGAUAUCGUCGAAAAUGGGUACAAUAUUAUGUAUCUCACAAGUCGUUCGGUUGGACAGGCCGACACGACGAGGGCAUACCUAUAUGGAAUUACUCAGGAUGGCUACCGAUUACCUAGAGGCCCAACGAUUUUAUCGCCUGAUCGAACUAUGGCUGCGUUGAGAAGAGAAAUCUAUCUUCGCAAGCCCCACGUAUUCAAAAUGGCUACUCUUCGAGAUAUUCGAAGCUUGUAUGGCCCCGAUAAUCACUGUUUUUACGCCGGUUUCGGAAAUCGUCUUACGGAUCAGAUCUCGUAUCGGACAGUAGAUGUCCCACGAAAUCGUAUCUUCACGAUUAAUUCCAAUGCUGAGGUAUCUCUUGAUUUACUAAGUCUCAAUAAGCUGAAACUUAGCUACGUCAAUAUGACCGAGGUUGUUAAUCACUACUUCCCUCCUGUCAGCACAUUGGUCAAAGGCGGUGGUGUUGAGUACACCGACUUCACGUACUGGCGUGAUACUCCAUUAGAAUUAGACGAGUUUUCCGCAAGCGAGUCUGAUGAAGGCGUUGAGGGGAGUUCUGCGGGAGAAGAGGAAGAGGAGGAUGAAGAUGUCGGCAAUAUGGGUGAUAGCUUCUUAUCAAGAGGUGAUGAGGAAGAAGAGGACGACGUCGAUGCUGGAGAAAGUAUACUCAGCGGCGAGUACGAGGGAGAAGAGAAUAUGAUCGGCUCCAUGAUCGAUGACGGGUCCGACGACGCUGAUGAUGAGGGUGAUCUGGAGGAAGACGAUCAAAUCGAGUAUAAUAAUAACCCUCGACAAGCUCCUCAUAACCCUAGAGCUCAGGGCGAACCCGCCGCUGCGGUGCGAGAUGUUGACGCUGAACUCAUCACCGGAAUGAGCAAUCUCGGUCUUGAUAAAGAUACCAAAGAAACGAAAGCCUAGGCUUAAUAAAUAUUCCGAUAUUACCGCUAUGAUGAAGACGGACGGUCGGUCUUGUAUGUUAACACAUGACCAAAUGCCAAGGGACGCCUUCAACAAGCGUUCUAACCCAU